GCACUAGCUCAGUCUAAGCUCAAAGACACAAUUUCUCAAUUAAGUCAGAUGUUACAGCAUCUUGAAGUAUUAGAGAAUAGAGGAAUGAUCUCUGAUGUUGAUAAAGAAAAAAAACAAAAGUAUAGAUCUCAGAAAAGGCAGAAGCUUCAGCAGAUGGAAAAGCAGCUUAAAGAAGCAGGUUUAGAUAUGCAGCUUGUUAGAUCAACAGUUGGUCAUCCAAGUUUAGAAGAAGCACAGCCAGGUUUAUUGGAGGCUAUUGUUCAGAUUGUUUCUUCAAAUAGACAGGCUGAUGAAAGACGGCUAAUUCCAAGACAGCAUAAUAGUGAAGAAGAAAAGCAACACAUUAAAAUGGUGCUAGUGAAGCUUCUAAGAUCUCAAAAUUUAGCAAGAAGAAGCCAUGAUGAUACCCAUUUUU